AUGGCUAGUAAUCAAACAUUAGCAAUACUCGUGGCGCGCUAUCUGAAAGCGAAUCACUACAACAAAACAUUGGCAGCGUUCCUCUUGGAGACAAAUCUCGACGACAAAGAUGCCAUCACAAAGCCCGGCGACUGGACCUUGGAAAAGCUGUUAGAGGAAAAGAUACAAUUCGACACGAGUCUUAACUUCGAGAGACGAGAUCAGGACAACAACCAGGGAUGGACUAAACCUGCACCUUCAAUACCGCGAGAGCCUGAGAUAUCAGUCACGAGCAAUGUCCUGUGCAUCAAAGGCAGUCAUCCCUUAGCGACAACAGUCGCCAUUUCCACAGCCAAUAACACUUGCAAUUUCAUCCAGACUCGACAACCAUAUGCAGCUCAAGAUGAGCGAUCCUUCAAGAUUGACAGUCCUAUUUUGUCCACCGUCUUCUUCGCUGGAAACUACGUGGCUUCGACGGGCAUGUCCGGGAAAGUCGUAAUUCACAACGUGAAUUCAGGUCAGCUGGUUGGGGAACGUCGUGAUCACGGCAAAUGGGCAGUUCACAUUGCCAGUUGGCAGGAUCCUACUGAUUCGAGCAGAUUUCUGAUUGCUACUGCUGGCUGGGAUCAAAAGGUCAAUCUGUACGCUCUACAAUGUGAUGCCAGUCAGACACUAUCCAACCUGGACCCGCCAGCUCACAGUAUAGAGCUACCUAGCAACCCAGAGUCUCUAGCAUUUGUCACCAACCCAGACACGAACAAUCUCUACCUAAUCAUUUCACGGCGAGACUCCACCUUCCUCUACUACUACCGCAUCGACUCUGCCACCGAGCCAUCAAAUACUCAACAACCACCCAAACCCCAUAUCACAAUGACCCCAGCAGGCCGCCAAAACCUCGCCCCCCAUUCAAACGCCUGGGUCGCCUUCACCCCCUCCGCCCUCGCCCUCCACCCCACAGACCCAACCCUCCUAGCAAUCGCAACCUCUCACCUCCCCCACCUAAAAGUCAUCAUCGUCCGCCUCCUAUUCCCAGAAGACACAACUCUCCGCUCAGGCAUCGCCCCACAAACAGCCGCCGCAGUCGCUCGCGCAGAUCUCGCAUUACAGGAUCGCGAAGACGCCGCUAUAACGCUGCAGGUGAGUACGCAGGCGCCGCAGACGCCGUACUCGACGCCGCAGGUUGUGUGGAGGCCGGACGGGAGUGGUGUUUGGGUUAAUGGGGAUGACGGGGUUGUGAGGGGGGUGGAGGCUAGGUCUGGGAAGGUUGUGGCGCUGCUUCGGGCGCAUGAGGUUGGGAGCAAAGUGCGGACGCUGUGGGCCGGUUAUGUUGAGAGUGGGGAUGGUGAGCGGCGUGAGGUUGUGAUUAGUGGGGGGUUUGAUCGGAAGGUGUUUGUUUGGGAGGUCGAUAUGAAGGAGCAGGAAUGA